UCACUCUUUAACACGAGAGAACAGUCUAUGUCUAAAUUUCGAACAGAGUCGUGAGUUUAUAGAGAGAGAAAAAGAGAAAGAGAUAAGAACAGAGAGACAGAGAUAGAAAGAAAGAGAGAGAGAGAAAGAAAACAGCGUACGUAAUACGAAAUUCAACACGCGAUACAAGUUCAUAGAAAUUCGUUUCUGGGGAAGUUUUUGGGGAGUUUUCUGCGCUACAGAAGAGAGAGAGAGAGAGAGAGAGAGAGAGAAGGAGAGAUAAAAAGAUAGAAAAAGAGAAAAAGAUUAUAUCAACAGAACUCACUUUGGAUUCAUUCAAUCAAUAUUUAUAUAUUGAUAUAUAUAUCUAUAUCCAUAUCCCUUUUUUUUGUGUGUUUGUGUUUGUUUCUUUUUCUUUCUAUUCUAUUCAAAGAUUUAGUUUUUUCUAAAAACAAAAAAUUCGAAGAUCUCUAUCUUAUAUAUCAUUUCUUUUCUUAUUUCCUUCACUCCUAUCUAUACCUAUACUUUGAACUCCAAAUUAUUAUUAAAGUUUUAUUUCCCUUAUACGAUAUCCUUUGAUUAUACUUUACGUGUACAAAAGAAGAGAUCGUCGAUAAAACGUGCUUAAGGAUCGCGUUUUCCCGCCAACGAACAAACGGUUUCCUUGUUUCGACGGGGAACAAGACAGGACAUUGAAAGAAGAGAGAGAGAGAAAGAGAAAGAGAGAUUCGUGGUCGUCUAAUUGAGGAUCGCGAAGUUACAAGGAUUAAAAGUUUUGGAAUUUAAAAGGAUUUGUUUAAAAUUGUUUUGUAUUCGAAGAGGAGUAAGAGAAAAUGGAACGCAAAGUCGUUAUUGUCAUCGUUACGCUCAUCACCACGAUCAUGUGGUACUCUACGGAAAGUGACAGCGCUGUGGUUAGAUCCUCCCAAGAAUUCUCCGAAGCAAUGGAAGAAAUGCUACGGAGCACAGUAAUUAACAAGGUCAGAGAUUUACGCUCGACUGAUCUUGAAGAACGAAACGGGACACGACAUAUUUGUCAAGGCAACCCUUGUGGAUGGGCGAUCUAUACUAAGUUCACGCGACGCUUCGAAUAUUUCAUGAGAAACACAUGCGAGUGCCCAGAUUAUUCAUACAAGUGCGUACAUACGGAAGAUGAUUUAUCCGUAAGUGCAUACGUAUAUCGGUGUCGUCAAAACACGACGUCGAAUGAUACCGAGGCACCCACAGAAGACACGAAUUAGAAGACUUUUAUCCCUUUCUUUCUUUUUUUAUUUUUGUCCUUUUUUUCUUUUUCUCUUUGUUUUUUUUUUUUUUUUUUUUUUUAAUCAAAGACGUCAAUAACACAAAACACA